CAUUUCGAAUCCGUGAUCCCGUUUAUUAUCGGUCCAAUUACCUUAUUGCGAUAUUGUACCUCUUCUGGGGGGUUUUUUUUUUUUCAAUUUUCUUCUAACGUUGAGGUAGAGUCGUGAGUGCCGUCUUGAUUUGGGCUAAAAACGAGUCCGGGGUGCUUCAGGUUUUGGUCCAGUACAUGGCGGUCGCAGCCCAUCGAUCAUCAUUCUGACCACGACACGACACGACGAGACAGCAACAUCGUUUAGAUUCAACCCCCCAGAGAAUAUCGGCGUCAUAUAUAUUCCCUCGUUUUAGGCUCCCUCAAGAAACAUCGCUAUUGACAUAUAUUCGUCACAUUUUGUUCAAACCCAUCUCGAUAGUAGCUCGGUAGCCUGCCAGGGCUUCUACGCUCUAUCAGUACCGAUGUAUGUCCGCGACGCUGGCGGAUCCGUAUCGAGACUAUGCCAUUGAUUACUCUCAACAUGCUAGCUGCAAACCUGAGGAACAUGAAGGCACGCUCGUCUACCAUUCACAGCAACCACAUAUUCAACACCCGAAACACACGGACACUCCUUUUGCUCAAGGAAAUUCGCACGGCACGGCAUUUGAGCAGCAUCAUGCAAAUGCGACCGUACUCCCGGCCGCGACACCCCAGCCACCAGUCCAUGAUAUCUCGCAAACUGUUGUCCUCAACCAGACUCAAAUGCUCCCACGCCAGCUUCCGGUGCAGUACCCGACUGCCAACUUCGACCUCUCAUCAUCUGUUCAGCGUGGCAAGAAGAGACCGCAUUCCGAAACCGAGCCAGAGGGUGGUAACACAGAUCAUGGGAUCAGGCAGUUACCAGUCCUUCCACCAGAUGCAACUUCUGAACCGACCCAUUCCCCUGAAAUACUCUUUGGAGUGCAUGGUGAGCCAUCCCAGCAUCAUCCGAUGCAAAGCCACAGUUUCGGACCAGCCGAUUCCAUGGCCCUCCCCCAACAUCACCACCACCACCAUCUCCCCCCUCAUGCGUCGCUUCGGGCAACGGAACGUCACGGCAUGAAUGUCGAGUCAUCGCCUCUGCCCUCUGGUCCCCCGAGUGUCGUGGGCCAACCGGGGAUGCCUGACCCGGCUCCUCGUCCGCGGGGCCCCAAACUAAAGUUUACCCCGGAGGAAGAUGCUUUAUUAGUGGAAUUGAAAGAAAAUAAAAAUUUAACGUGGAAGCAAAUUGCCGACUUUUUUCCUGGUCGAACGAGUGGUACCUUGCAGGUUCGUUACUGCACCAAAUUGAAAGCCAAGGACGUGGCUUGGAGUGACGAAAUGGUGCAACGGCUGCAACGCGCUAUGCAGGAAUACGAAAAUGAUCGCUGGCGUAUCAUUGCGGGAAAAGUUGGCAAUGGCUUCACACCAGCAGCUUGUCGAGAGAAGGCAACUCAGCUCUAAAGGGAGUUGGUUGUAAUGGAUGAAGUUACGGAAUUUUCAUGGAUGGAUACGGACUUUGCUCAUUUCCCACAUUACUAUUUUCUCUUUUUCUUUUCCUUUCCCCUCUUCCAUUCCCUUCUUACCAUUCUUCUUCCCUCUUGUUCACUUCUUAUUUAUUUAUUUUUUUUUCAACCCCUUUGACCUACUUUCCUUGGCAGGUUGUACAAAGGGG